UCUGAGAGCGCGAUAAUGAGGUGUGCUUCUGGGUUGGCGUAUCCGCGUGUGUAAAAUCAUACUUACAUUUUGUGGUUUGUGUUUUUUCGUUCGUAUGCACACUGCCCUCGUCGUUACACAACACAGCACCUGCCCAGUGAAAGCUAGGACAAAAGCCCCGUCUUCGAAAGUUCCAACGAAAGCCCUGUCUUCUACUUUUCCGAAGAACAGCAUAGAAAAGAUGGCUCAACAGUGGAAUUCCUCUGGACGGUCCCUGGCCAACUUGCCGGACCCGGUUCAAAUCCAGAAGCAGAAGGACGCUUUCUCCCAAAUGCUGGAGCAGCAGGUACUAUAUCACUUUUGACUUCUCAAUCUCAACCGCGGAACAAUUGGGGAACGCAUCACAGCGCGUCGUCCCAUCUGCAUGAAAAAUGUUCUUGAGAUCGAUUCGCGUAAAUCAAAAAAUCACAUCAGAUGAAGCAAGGGCUGGAAUCUUUGGAAACGCAGCUGAAAAAUCAAAAGCAGUUCAUUAUCAACCUCGAGUCGUGGAGUCAAAGAAUAAAGUCAAAGCUAUGCAUGUUGAAUUCCGCAGCGUUUCGUAAUUUCAGAUUUACAUUGUUGAAAAACGCGACGUGAUGAUUUUCAUGUCCAAUGUGAUGCUGCAAAAUUUUCGAUGUUUCUUUGACGUCACUCAAGAGUUUGGUAGGAUAGUGAUGCGUGAACAGGCCACUCAGCAGAAGCAGCAGUACGCCAUGCAAAUCGACAUGCAGCUGAAGCAGGAGGUACGAGUUACGAAGUCUCGUUCAGAAAGGCGGCGCUAUUAUCCUACGAACACAAACUUAGGAGGAUCACAUGAGAGUAUGUCAAGCUUCAAGCGUUCUUUUCGAACAUUGUGUGUUUUCCAAUACUACUAAACAGGAAAUGGCUUUGGAGCAGCAGCGUCAGGAGAAGGUGAUGCAGCUGCAGCAGUCGAUUGCCCACCAGAAGCAGCAGAUGGAGCAGCAGACGAUGGCCAUGCUGAUCGAGUACCAGCAGCGCAAGGCAGAGGAGGAAAUGGCGCGCAACCAAUACGAAAUGGAGCGCAAGCAGCAGGAGAUGGAAUCCAAAAUGAAAAAGGUACCACAUACGAGGAAUUUUGGAUUAUUUUUCUACGUGCUUCAUGCGUAAGGGUAUGGGUAUGCGAUGGCGAUCGUUCUGUUAAUGGCGCGUACGCACUCAGGAUCGUGAGUGGUUGAUCUAUUAAUCCAAAAUAUCGCGAACAGGAAAUGGAGAAGUUCUCUACGAGCUUUUCCAGCGGCUUCGAUAUGGGUUCCAGUAACAAGUGGGGCGCUUCUAAGUCCGGCUACUACUGAGCGGCCUGCAGGGUGCAGCUGUUGUUGAUCGUUGUUUUCAUCUCACGAUUUCUUUACCUCUGCUUUCGCUGUGAAAGAAUUUUGUACUUCUGCUUGCAAAAAGUUGAUUAUGAAAGUUAUUGUAGCGAUCAUUGAUUUGUUAAGGUUUCGAAUGACUCGAGAAAAUUGUAUACUCAUCGGUAUUUCAAUCCGUUUGAUACGAUAGGAUUGUGAAAUUGGUACAUUGUAAAACGCAAAAUCCCAUAAUAAAGUAGCGGCUGUAUAUUAGCAUGAGUGACAAAAGUGUGCAUUCACCAGUGUAGAAUGUAGUGAAAACGGUACCAACACAUGGAUUUUCAGAUGUUGUUGCGCGCGAAAGUGGUAUGUGCAUGUACAUGCGGGACAAGAAAAGAAGGUAUACACGAAG